AUGGCGAACUGCAUUAGGAAAACGACAAGUGAUGUGUUAGGGGUCUCAAAGGGUUAUUCUGGCAGCUACAAAAGGACUGGUGGUGCAAUGAAUAGAUUAAGUAGAAGCCAAGUUUUGAAGUUUGCGGAGAGCAAAUCCGGGGAGGAAAAGAAGAUGAAUAGAGAGUGGUACAAGAAGGCUAAGAAGGAAGCGAAGUUGGUGGUCUCCGAGGCUAAGACUGUUGCAUUUGGUCAUUUGUAUGAAGAACUUGGGGACAAAUGCGAGGACAAGAAUCUAUUUAGGCUGACAAAGGUGAGAGAAAUGAAGAGCUUUGAUCUAGACCAAGUGAGAUGCAUCAAAGACGGGGAAGAGGAGUACAUGAACGUUGUGCUGGGUGAUUUGGAACUCUUCGAGAAUCGUCGAGAUUUUGGGAUAAAGAAGAUGCCAAAAGAGCAGAGGUGGAGUACAAUAAUUUUGUUGUACAAGAACAAAGGUGAUAUACAAAAUUAUAACAGCUAUAGGGGCAUCAAGUUGUUUAUUCAUACUACGAAAGUUUGGGAGAGGGUAGUGAAAGUUAGGGUAACAAAGACUAUGUCUAUUUUUGAGAACCAGUUCGGAUUUAUUCCGGGACAUUUGACUACUAAAGCUAUCCACCUUGUUAGGAGGUUGGUGAAACUGUUUACGAGGAGGAAGAAUGAUUUGCAUAUGAUGUUUAUUGAACUAGAGAAAGCGUAUGAUAAAGUAUCAAGAGAGGUUAUUUGGAGAUGUUUAGAGGCUAUGGGUGUUCCUGUAGCGAAUUAG